UGCGUGCACCAGUGAUAGGUUAUUGCAAGCUACCUCUCCAAUCGUGCAGCCAUGAAGUCCCCUGUCAUUUGUCUCCUGCUCAUCGCCGUGCUGCAUUGCGUAUUCGUGGGCAGCUUGCUCCUACCGCUCGGUAGCAUCGCGUCUACGGCGAAUGGCAUCCUCGGCUUCAAGAUCUCCCUGGCCGCUUCUGCGUUGUCCAUGCUCACCAAGGGCUUCAAGGGCACCUUUAACCUCAGGGCCGGCACGGACAUCGCGGACUCCCCGUCCGACGAGCUGAACGGACGCAGUGGUCUCCUGGUACCCGACAUGACAACCACCACUUCCACCACCACCGAGCAGACUGAAGUGCGGGUCCCGAUUUCGGUGCUCCAAGACAUCUUCAAGCUAAACCACGAUCAGCGGCACCAGACGGACCUGCUGUUCACGUUCUUGAAGGAGAUGGACGACCGCGGUUGCGUGUCCCGCAUGGUGUGCGAGAGUGCCACCGACGCCAUGCGGCUGGGCCAAGUGGGCAACGCGACCGCGCAUUUCUUUGAAACCAACGUGGCCGUGAACACGGGUCCCGCCUCAUUUUUCCUGUCUGCUGCGAAGACGGGCCGCUCGAAGGGCCUCGCCGGAUGCGCCCAGGCCUUUCCCGAGUGCACCGCCGACCUUCCUCACAUCCUCACCGCCGCGGGAUUGAUGUAGCCGCCUGACUCACGCUAAAUAAACGUUUUUAUCACUG